AGUUAAUGCAUACAUUGUAUGCGAGGAAAACUGUCGAUCGGUGGCGCUUUUCAAGAUGGCUACUGUACUACGAGCUAAUCCGAGCAAAUCGUACGAAAUACAUCGACUUUUUUCAACGUCCUAGUACAUCACUAGUGAGCUACAAGUACAGUGAAGAUGCCUAAAUAUCGGCCAAACGUUUUUAAGCACAAAGUCACUGUUCUCUCUCGGUCAUCAAAGGGAGGAAGAUUUAAGCGGAAGGAUGUACCCCUGAAGGACCUUUUUUCAUCAGGGCCCUCAGAUACCCAACAGAAGCCUCAGGAAAUCCAACAUGAAAUAAGUGUUGCUCCCUGUACCUCUUCCACCUUUUCUGUGAAUGUGGAGGAAGAGGCUGUAAACACGAGGAAAUAUGCUGCGAAGAAAAUAAAGCAGUGCAAUGCAUGGGUAGGCAAGAGGCUCUUAUUAGAGAAUGCCUUCUUUGAGAGCAGUGCUCCUCAUCUUCCAUGUUGCUCCUGUGGGACAGAUGAGGGAGACAGAGUACUGUGUCUUGACUGUGGCCCACAAGUCGUCCGCUGCAUUGACUGCACAAUGAGCUACCAUGAAGAUAGCAAUCAUCUCCACAAGCCGCAGUUGAUUUUGGAUGGAAUUUUGCAACCUUUUCCUCUCAAACCUUACCUGCGGAGAGUGGACCAUGACUGUGACAGUCGUUCCCGCAAGACAAUCCAGGUGUUUGAUGAAAAAGGACGACUUCACAACUGCUGGCUAGUUACAUGCUCAUGUGAGGAAGAAUGUGCUUCUUUAGUCCGGUUAAACUUAUGGCCAGCCUCACCAGACCAACCACGGGUAGCUUUUCACAUGGAUUUGAUGAACCUACUGCAUUUCCUCCUUCUAGAGGGGCAUAUGUCACUGAAAGGUGCAUGCCAAUCCUUGGGCUGUAGAAACGGACUUCCAUUGCAUGAGGUCAAUUUAUUGUAUCUCAACUUGGUCAGUGAAUGCUUUGAGGAGUACCGGUAUUUUCGUUACCGGUGCCACAACCUAAAUGCAGUGCUGGAUGAAGACAUUAAGUGCCCAGCUUGUCCAAAGGAAAAUGGUGACUUGUUUGUUAGUCUAGACGCCAACUUCGGUCUUGUUAGGAAGCGAAGCUCAGGCGUGAGCUACACCGAUGCAAAACACAAGUCCCUCCUGUUUGCCCCGCAGGAGGACGUAGACCACUUUGUAAACGUGUACGAUGACCACAAUAUUUCUAAUGACUGCAGCAACUUCCAAGCCGGCGACGUUCUUCGUGCCAAAAACAAAACCAAAAAACUGGACACAACAGGUGUCUUUGGAGCGUCGUGUCGGCAUGGUUUUCCCCUGUCAUUUCUCAACCUGCGUCAUGGAGAACGACUCGCAUAUGCAGCUUUCACCAUAGACUGCAUACUGGAGAAAGCACAACCAUCCGUCAAGCUUCAUGUCAUCUAUGAUAUUGCCUGUACGCUCACUGCCCACUUCAAGAAAAAAAAGGACAAGAAGCUUGAGCUGGAUAUGGCACUCCCUGUGUUCCAUGCCUAUGGGCACAAAAUGGCUUGCCAGGUGGCAUACAGCACCAGAUGGCGCUGCGGUUACGGGCUGACAGAUGGGGAGGUGAUGGAGAGGCUCUGGUCCUACUUAAGGCGCUUCUCAUCUAUAACCAAGGAGAUGACACCAGCCCAUAGAGAAGACCUUCUUACAGAUGCUCUUCUGCAUUACAGCCGUCGGAAAAGAGCUGACAUUGGCAGCAGCCUUGUACUUUUGAUGGACAGAGCAGUUAGAGUUAAAGAGGAUUCUAGCAAAGCACUUGAGGAAAUAUAG